AUGCUGGUUAACCUUGCGAGUAACCUCGAGUUACUUGGACAACCUAAUCCGCCAGACGAUUCCUCGCGUCUCUUGGCGCCUCUUGCAGAGAUCAACAACUCAGCUGUCUAUCUCACCUCUAUUCAGGAGGGCUACUUCAUCAGCCUCUUCUGGCAAAGCUACCACACUUCGCUCUACUCCGUACUGCACGAGGCAUCCUUCAACAGUCACUACCAAUCACUCUACACCAACGUACCGCCUGGGAACUCGAGGAGACCUUCCGCACUCGUGGAUAUAGUCAUUGCCAUGUGCAUGCAGUACGGCACUUCGAAACUGCCCCGUGGUGAGCAAGGGAACCUUGCCCAAGAUUACGAUGCCACAAUGGCUGGCCGAUGGUACUAUCGACGUGCUCAAGCUCUUCUCGCUUGCGAGGUGCAAAGCCCAUCAAUAUCGACUCUCCAAUGCCAAUUGCUCUGCGCCGCAUAUGUGUGUGGCGGCUCAUUCCACAACAUGGCCGACAGCAUCAGUGGUUUGGCUGUGCGCACAGCGUACACGCUUGGCCUCCAUAUCGACCCUUCGCCGAGCAUGCCAGAACCUGAACGUCAGAUGAGAAGACGGCUAUGGUGGUCAGUGUUCGAGCUGGAUACCCUGGUGGGCCUAAAAUUGGGCCGUCCGUUUCUCGUUCAGGAUUCCCACGUCAUGCCGGAACUACCAAGCGAUAGCCUCGACGCAGCGAUACUCUCCGGCUCAACCUUUGCUCCUAUUGCAAACGAUACGACUUGGUUAAGCUUCAAUCUGAAUCGAGUCAAGCUAUAUAGAGUCGUCCGAACUAUCCACAACGCUACGUAUAGCCAUGAUCUAGGUCUAGCGAAUGGAAAGACGGUUUACGGAUAUCCGGACCGUUUGGAAGAUUUGGCAAAUGCCAUUUACCCACUCACAAAGCACCUGGAAGACUGGAUUAAGCAGGUUCCCAGUGCACUAAAGACUGGUCGCAAGGAGCAAGGCAAGGCCUUCUCGAUGGACGGGUCCCUCUUGGACAUUGAGCAAUAUGCACCCAAUUGGCUCCAACGGCAGCGGUUACUUCUAGAAUUGGAGUACUGCCACAUAUACGCCAACCUCAACCGCCCCUUCAUCUCAUUCACUACUCAUCAAGUACCUGGUUGCCGGGGUUACGAGAUGGCUGGGAGAAGCGCGUCUCAUGCCAUAGAGCUUUGUAACAUCACCCAUCAAAUUCUGUCUGGUACGUCACUUCUUCACGGUUGCCAUCAGGUCUUCCAGUGGCAGUGGAAUGGAGCCAUGACACUCAUCGGGUUCGUUGUUGCCUAUCCGCAACAUGCACUGACUCCAGCUGCUCGGGGCGCAAUCAAGCUUGCAGUAUCUUCUCUGGAGACAUUUGGGACUGGCUUUGAGGCUGCGGCAAAAGCAGCUAUCAUCGUGCGCACAUUAUCCUCUAACCUGGACUCCGUCAUGGAUGGCCUGGCUGUUGCCCACAACUCUGAUGCCAGUAUGGGUAACUCAGCAACCGACAACAAUGUCUCAAUGGGUGCUAUCCCCUCUUCAAAUGCCGUGGCUGGGGACAGUGAUAUCAAUCACAAUACUACGACGGACGUGGAUCUUUUCGACAUGGCCCUUGGGGUAGAUUUCUGGGCUGGCAUGGACGUGCUUUGGCCAGGCGUUUCUCUCAACGUGGGGGAAGCCUCUUUAUCUAGUGUGCAAUGA